AAACCCUGGCGUGGAUUUGGUAGCGUGCGCACAGCGCAGUGAGCAUGCGCGAGCGCGCCGGGGCGGGCGCUGUGGGCUCAGUGGCCGCAGGAAGGCGCCCGCGACCGCCGCCACAGGGGCCGCGCCUCCCGCGCCUCCCUCGCCUCUCUCUGGCGGCCGCUCUGCGGCGUCCACACCGACUGCGCCAGGCGCAGGCGCAGCCCCCGGGACCCGGAGCUGGUGCUCCCAGGCUGUCGCGGUGACCCCGCCCCCGGGCCCAGGAUGUGAGGCCGGCCCGGCGUCCCCGCGGCGGGCCGGGGCGACGAGGGGCCCGCGGGUGCCAUGGAGGGCGUGCUGUACAAGUGGACCAACUACCUGAGCGGUUGGCAGCCUCGAUGGUUCCUUCUCUGUGGGGGAAUACUGUCCUAUUACGACUCUCCUGAGGAUGCCUGGAAGGGUUGCAAAGGGAGCAUCCAGAUGGCAGUCUGUGAGAUUCAAGUUCAUUCCGUGGAUAACACUCGCAUGGACCUCAUCAUCCCCGGGGAACAGUAUUUCUACUUAAAAGCCAGGAGUGUGGCAGAGAGACAGCGGUGGCUGGUGGCUCUGGGAUCUGCCAAGGCCUGCCUGACAGAUAGUAGGACUCAGAAGGAAAAAGAAUUUGCAGAAAACACUGAAAACUUGAAAACCAAAAUGUCGGAGCUAAGACUGUACUGUGACCUCCUUGUUCAACAAGUAGAUAAAACAAAAGAAGUGGCCACAGCCGGUGUCACUGACUCUGAGGAGGGAAUUGAUGUGGGAACCCUGCUAAAAUCGACCUGCAACACUUUCCUGAAGACCUUGGAAGAAUGCAUGCAGAUUGCAAACGCAGCCUUUACCUCCGAACUGCUUUACCAUACACCCCCAGGGUCCCCUCAACUAGCGGUGCUUAAGUCCAGCAAGAUGAAACAUCCCAUCAUACCAAUUCAUAAUUCGUUGGAAAGGUCGAUGGAGUUAAACAGUUGUGAAAAUGGAUCGCUAAGUAUAGAAGUAAAUGGUGAUGAAGAAAUCCUAAUGAAAACCAAGAGUUCCUUGUAUUUGAAGUCCACAGAGGUGGAUUGCAGCAUCUCCAGUGAAGAAAACACAGAUGACAAUGUGACAGUCCAGGGGGAGAUAAUGAAGGAAGAUGGCGAGGAAAACCUGGAGAGUCAUGACAAGGAUCCGGCACAGCCUGGAUCAGACUCGGUUUGCUCGCCAGAAUCUCCCUGGGAAGACAAUGAAGAAGUUAUUCCAACUUUCUUCAGUACUAUGAAUACCAGCUUUAGUGACAUUGAACUUCUGGAGGACAGUGGCAUUCCCACAGAAGCAUUCUUGGCCUCCUGUUAUGCAGUGGUUCCAGUCCUAGACAAACUUGGUCCCACAGUGUUUGCUCCUGUUAAGAUGGAUCUUGUUGGAAAUAUUAAGAAGGUAAAUCAGAAGUACAUAACCAACAAGGAAGAGUUUACUACCCUCCAGAAGAUAGUGCUGCAUGAGGUGGAGGCUGACGUCGCUCAGGUUAGGAACUCGGCGACGGAAGCCCUCUUGUGGCUGAAGAGAGGUCUCAAAUUUCUAAAGGGAUUUUUGACAGAAGUGAAGAAUGGAGAAAAGGAUAUCCAGACAGCACUGAAUAACGCAUAUGGCAAAACAUUACGGCAACACCAUGGCUGGGUAGUUCGAGGGGUCUUUGCGUUAGCACUGAGGGCAGCGCCAUCCUAUGAGGACUUUGUAGCUGCGCUAACCAUAAAAGAAGGCGACCACCAGAAAGAAGCUUUCAGUGCUGGCAUGCAGAGGGACCUCAGCCUUUACCUCCCCGCUAUGGAAAAGCAGCUGGCCAUACUGGACACGUUAUAUGAGAUCCACGGGCUGGAAUCUGAUGAGGUGGUGUGACAGCCACAGGACAGCACCUCCUAACUUCAGGGAAUAAAGUCUGCUAAAGUGUUGUGUUGCCCUAGUUAAUUUCCAGCAACAGCUUUGAUACUCUCCAGCCUUUCCUUGGGGAGAUGGACAUGAGGAAGUCCUAGUGCUUUUAUUUAGAAUUGUUUUAAUGCAUAUGUGUUUCAUGUGUUUAAAAAUCAAGGUGCUAAAUAUUUCAACAGGCCUACUGGAAACCAGAUCAUCGCUGUCCCAGACUUGAAUAGCAGGCAGUAAGAGCAAAAUUGACAGAUGGAUUUGUUGGGUUCACAUUUGUAUUGUUCUGUUUCAGUUACUAGUUUUAAUGGGCCACCCAAACCGAAGCAGUAUGCAGGACUAUUGUAUAAAGCCAGUGUUUAAAAUAGCUUAGAUGUUGACUGGGCAUUGGAGGGAGUGUAAGCCCCUUUGUUGAAGGACUUGCUGUGUAAGAGUUUGCUAUUCCUACACUUUCCUGAGUGGAUCCUUUCUCCCUUCCUCUGCUGAUGGAAAGGGCUGUGUAGUGAAAACAUUUGGGCAGUUGUAGGAAAACAUUGACAUGGACUGCCAUGCCUGUUGUCAGGUGGGACAGUGGCUCAAGAGAAUGACCUCAGCCCAUGCUUGAGAACAGAAUAGACAGGAAGGAUAAGUCAUUUGGGUGACACAUACCACUCUUUGCCAAUGCAGUACAUUUCCUAUGUGUUAUCUGAAUUGAACAUCAUAGCAGAACAGCGACUUUAAAGAGGAUAUUUAAUCCUACUUCACAAGUAAAGCUUACAGUAGGGAGGUCUGCUCACAUUUGUGGAAUUUCUUGUUUCUGGUGAUUUUAUUUUUAUUUAUUGAUUUAUUUAUUUUGCCUGUUUCAUUAACUCUUCAGCAAAAGAGCCAGGUAGCUUCCAAAUGUGAUCUAGAUCACCUCUGUAUUGAAGUCACAUGACAUGCUGUUUCAAAGAACAGAGUCCUAGGACAUGCCUGAAGAACCCAGAUCUUACAAGGCUGAAGAGCCAAAUUCCCAUUUGAAUUCUAGUUUACAGAAUUCCCAGUCUUCUGCAGAAACCAAAUAAAACACCUCCUUCCAGAGAAAGGGGCCGCCAUUCAAGUAACAUAAUUAAAUGGAGAGUGAGUAGACCAGCAGCUGGUGUAACAGCUUGAGGCAUUCUUCUAUAAAGAGUGACAAGAUGCCCUGUCUCCCAGAAAUGGACCAAGCUGCCUAGAGUGUGCAUAGGGAAGAAGCCAUGAAUACCUUCCCAAGUGGAGGCCACUUCUUCCUAGCAACAAGAAGAGUGGCUCCAGCAUAAGCAGUCCCCUGAAGACAACGAGCCUUGGCCAGGCACAGGUGAGGGAGUGGCUGUGCACACUGCUUCUGUUGCUGUGCACACUAGGGCUCUGCAGAGAACUAUGCAGGGAAGGUACUGAUUUUGUCUGUCUUUAAACGAGUGGGUAUUUACUCAAUGCAGCAGUAGAGUGGGCCACGGCGGUACCUGCAGUCCAGCUACCCAGAAGUAUGAGAGUAAAGUAUUAUUUGAGCCCAAGAUUUGGAGAUUAACCUGAACAACAUAGCAAGACCUUGCCUCUUAAAAACACUUGUAAUAAAAUUUUAAGCCAAGCAAGCAUUUUGCCAACAUAAGAAGUUCUAGAAAUUAAACUUAGGAAAGGGAGGAGUGGGCUGGACUUACAGUAUGCUACUUUCCUCUUGCAGGAGUUUCAUAUGGAUCCUCUUCUCUGGCUAAUGGAAAGGGGUCAGGGCUAAGGCAUAACUUAGACCUGCCCUUGACAUAGCCUGUAAAGACAGAAGAAGAAAAGUGGCCAGCCCGCUUGUCUCUGAGGGUGGGCGCUUUGGGCCAUGUGCCCUUGGUGGGCUCUGCUACCAGGAAAUUGACGUUAAGUAUGGCCAUGAUAGGCAGCUGCAGGUGCCUCUGUGAUCUCUAGUCUAGGGACUAGCACUCUGAGAGCGUGUCAGUCCAGGUCCUCACAAAGCCCUAAGUGCCCACUGGAGAGCUGCCUUGCUGGGCAGUCUGACUUUGGUACGUUCAUUCCACCUGAAUUAGUAGUUCUUGGUGUCUCAUUGUAGUUAAAGCUAAUUUUUUUUGUCUGAUUUUUCAGUUACUUUCUAAGAAAUGAAAAAAAAGAACCUGAAAGUGCUCCCUGGAGCCCCUCCCGAGAGCCCUGGUAUUUCUAAGCCACCCUCACCCUGACAGAUGAAGAACCGGUUUGUUGGUUGACAGAAUGCUUACCUUCUCUUUGUUGCUAACAGUUUUUGGAUUAUCUUCCUAGCAUAAUCUUGAGAGUGGGGGAUGUGUCUUGCUAGAGAGCAGUAGAGUUGACUGAGUAGUACUGGCAGACCACUCACAGAGCACAGCCCCACCUCCGUUCCAUCAGUCUGCCCUUCACCCUCACCCAGUGAAGCUUGGCUCCCCACGGGCUGAUGUCAGUAUGUGUGUUGAACUGAACAGAGGCUUUUUAAUUGUGAUAAGCCUUAUGUCUUUUGAAGAUAGGUCUGUUUAUAGCGAAAACCUACUGACAUAUGCUGAUUUGUCAGGAGGAAUAUCUUUAAGGGAAGAAACCAUCUUGUAACUGAGGCAGAGCUGACAGCUCUUGACACAGCCCAGAAGAGAGGCCAGAAGGGUACUGUAGGAAUGUAGUGGCUUGUUACUAUGUCCAGAUCAUUCUAAGCGUAAGAGCAUCCCCCAGUGUCACUUAACCAUCGUGGGGACAUCCGCACGCCCUCUCUCAGCUUUUCUCUUCUCUGCUGCCAAGCAUUGCCAGCAGUGACCCCGCCCCCAUCAGCUUGCCACAGUGAUUUUCCCUCCCAGCUCGUUUCCCCUUCUUCAGCAGCAGCAGCAGCAGCCUACCUGGUCCAGGAUCUAUUCUAUACCUAGCCAAAACGCCAGGGCUUCAGGCAGAAGCCAUGUUCACAUUUGUAGCUGUUAGGUUGGGGAAAGUCAGCGUGGGAGAGCAUGUCCUCCGAUUGCGUACAGUCAGUGCCGUCAACGUCUGUCUGUGGAGGGUUUUCAGGUGCAGGUGUAUGGUGAGGUCAUAAGUACAGGGCACUUUAGCUGAAGAACUCUAAAGAAAACGAAUCCAGCUGUAAAGAUAUAUAUGAAACUUUUUUUAAAAUGUAUUCCCUACUAGACCACUAUGUCCUUCAGGCACAGGGCUAUGUCAUGUUGUGUUUCUUUUUUUUUUUUUUCCUUUUUCCAAUUUUUUAUUAGUUAUUUUCUUCAUUUACAUUUCAAAUGCUAUCCUGAACAGUUCAAACCACAGCUUCUGAUUUAGUCACAAGUUUACGAUGGUUCAAAUCCCUACCCUCAUGGUUCAUUUCACUACCAGUCGUUUGUAAAUUCUAAGCUGUCUGGAUGUAGAAGUUCUGAGCAACUGCAGUAUGUUUUGGACCAUCACUUUGGUUGAUCAUCUAACGCAUUUGGGCGUAGAGAGCCAAACCUAGGAUGCUUUGUGAUACUGUGCAGUCUGCAUGGUUGUGUGCAUUAGACCCUCCUGUGACAUGCACAUGAAGUGCUGUGUUGACAAAUGUGUUCUACUUCCAUGUGACCCUUUGUAACCUGCAGUAGCUUACUCAGAGUUACACAAUAAUGACAUAACUAUUCACUAGCUGCCCAAUGGCAUUUGAAGAUUUAAGCCAUGACAAGGUUAUAGAUAUAGUACAUUAGUUGAGGGCCCUUCCCUCCCUGUGGAUUCUCCUCUUCUAGCCCUGUCUAGACUAUCCUGCAGACCAUUUGCAUGAUUUCUUGCUGUACAGCUGCAUUUGGGAACUCUAAGGCAUGAACACCCAGUCACUGGCAAUGCCUCUGGUACAGAUGUCGCUCGCAUGCAUUGAUCUCUCUUCUCCAUUGUCUAUAGAUAGAUAGCCUUUAAUGGAAAGGAAAAAAAUGCCACUGCUCUGCAAUGCAAAGUUUUCAGAAUUCUUGUAAAUCGUGAAUCCUUGUGUCACUUCUUUAGGGUGAAAAAUGUUUCUAGUCAAGCUGUAUGGGAACAUCCUGCUUAUUUUAAAUGUCUUAUAUAUUUAAAGUAUGGUCAGUAUUAUCCCUUUACACAUACCUUGGGCAAGGUGGUCCCCUCAGCCUUAGGAUGGAUGGCUUCAUGGCACAGCCGAUCUCAUUCACAGAGAGCCCGGUGUAUGUCCAUUCAGAUGUGUAGAUGGGGCCAGUGAAGGGUGAUCUAGAUGGCUGAUGAGCCAGCUUCAUGGUGUAGGGUAACGGACGAUUCCCUGUGCCAUGAGAAUUUCACUAGAAUGUCACUAAACAGCCCAACUACCUCAUGUGAAAUUGGCUGUGGACAAUCUGUGUUUGAUGAGAAAUGUGUUCGCAGAAAUUUAUUCUGUUUGAUAAGUUGAACAGUGCAGUGUCUCUAUGAAGAAGAAACAUGUUAUACCAGAUGCCAAAGGCUAAACUAGACAUAGAUUUCUCAGAUUCAUUUCUAUGUUAAUGUUUAUUCCAGUCUGUAUCCUCAUAAAGGUUUGUAGUUUUGUAGAGCCACAUGCUUUGGGUAUCUGUCACAAUCACCUCUUGUCCCCUCAGUAUUUUGACUGAACAUCAUAAUGCUGAUAGGAAUCAAGUUAAACUACGAAAGUGUCAAACAGCUUGUGGCUUCUUAAUUUAAUGGACCUUUACUUAGAAAUGUAUUGGAGCCUUCUAGGACCACUUGUUGAGUGAAAAUCUUGUGUGCAGAUGUGUCUGCUUCUCUGUCCAAGUUGUUGUUCCUGUAUUUCAUGAAAAGUGGGGCAGGGGUGAGGGUUUUACUUUCUUUGGAGAAUGUUUGAAAACAUCUGUCAGAUUUUUAUAUUCAUUAGUUACAAUAAACAUAUUUUUAGAGUAUUUUAUUAAA